AUGCGGCCGCCGCGCAGAUGGAUGUUUGAUGGCAUGUCGAUGCACUUGGCCAGGGAAGAGCCGCCGAAGUGCAAAAGUAAGACACAAAGGGAUGGUUGAGACGUGAGGCACACGAGUACAUAUCUCCCCUGCUGUGCUGUUUUAGGACUCCGCCAUAUGCUGCAGCUGCAGCUGCUGCGGCCGCCAUCCCCGGUACCCCACCAUCCCGCCACACCCAAUCAGAUGGUCCCGUGCUGGUGGCUACUCCCAACGGCGCCAGGCCGCUCACUCCCCACGACGGCCGUCCGUCAGCGCAGCCCCCCACCCCAGCUGCCGCAAGAGACCGCCCAGGCUCCCUCUGUGCUGUGCUGGUGGUGACUCGCCACAGAGUCAGGCUGGUGACUCCGCAAGGCGUCAGACGAGAGGAGGGCGGCUCUUUGCCGCCCAACCACCCACCCCAGCUGCAAGAGCCCGCCCCCCUGCUCUUCUGGGACCGCAAGCGUCUCCAGCGCGUGCCGCCGCUGAAGGGGAAUGAGGGAUUCUCGGAAGAUACGGACAGCUCCCGCGCCAAGCGCCGACAGCGCCACAGGAGCCAUCGCCAUCGCAGCCGGCCCCACCACCACUAGCGCCACCAGCACCACCAUCGCAUGAG